AUGCCUACCACAGUGCCCUCGACGGUGGCCUCGGCCAAUGCCGUCUCGUCCAUUCAGAGUCAGAAGAAAUUCAGUACCUUUGCAGGUCUCAGAGAUAUGUCAGCUCGCGGAGGCAGUUACAACGGUACUACCGGUCAGCCCAACAGCAACCGCACCAGCAUUCGCGGUCUCUUUGACGAAGAUGGCAAUCCUGGCUCACUCAACGCCAGUCCUCGGCUUCCCACCACCGAACUCAACUCCACGCUGACAGAUCCCGCGUCGGCUGCCGCCCUUGGCAGGUCUGCAGAUGGACCGUGGAGCAUCAGCGUCGCUGAAGCCAAGGAUAAGCGCGAAGGCCGCAAACGCAAACAGCUGGUCGCAUCCUACACUCUCUAUGUAACUACUCCCACCCACAACCUCACUCUCAUCCGCUCCGCCAACGAUAUCACCGAGGUCGACCAAAAGAUCAGAGAUGCGCUUCCGUCAAGUCGUCUUCCCGCCCUGCCCACGAUGCCCAACUUUGCUCCCUCGUCUAGCGGUCGAAAGUUUUUCCAAACCCUAUCCCGCACCUUAUCUCCUGGCGCUUCUAAAUCACGAUCCACCUUCUCCAACUUGAUCGGAGAUCCUGCAACAUCAGCCGCUGAUCUCGAUGCAUCUGGCGCUGUCUCUCCACCACCAUCUGCUCCGCUCUCUCCCGUGCCGGGGGUCAACACUAAGCUCGCUUCACAUUCCAUUACCACGCAACUUGCCACUUACUUUACUGCUCUCGCCAAUAACCCGGCAACACGCGAGCACAAAGCUUGGAAACGCUUCGUUCGUGUCGAAGCCGACGACUUCCAAAGUGUUCGAGUCGAGCGCCGGGUCCGCAAGGUCCGCAGCGAUCUAGCCGAACAUGUCAAGUCGUCCGUGGCACCGCGCAACACCAAUGUCGGUGUCGCUCCGGCGCAGUCCGACCUCGAAGAAGAUGGUGGGCCCACCGAAGACGACCUCGAUCUAGACUCGGCCGAUGACUCUUCGCGUGCUUCAGGCACGCCAGCUGGCCGAAUCAGCCGCGCCACCGUCGUUUCCCGUUCCGGCUCCCUCGACACCACCUCUUCUGACAGACGUGGCGUGGCUGACGACAGCCGCUCCACUAACACCAACAUCGAAAUGAUCCCAGAGGAGCAACAUGGCGAAGAUUUUCACGAAGCCAGCACCGAUAGGCAAGGUGAUGCAGCCAAGCUUCAUCACAACCGCUCCCAUCGUCGCCGCAAGGGUUCCAACAAGGUCACUGUCGACGACUUUGAGAUGAUCCGCGUGCUUGGCAAGGGUUGCGCUGGCAAGGUCCUUCUCGUGCGUCAUACAUCGUCGCGGGGUCUCUAUGCGAUGAAGUCGAUUCACAAGAGGCACGUGCUAGCACACCAAGAGCUGCAGCAUACGCUCACCGAGCAAGCCGUGCUCAAGCGCAUGGCCAAGGACGUCCUCGACCCCUUUGUGGUGCGCUUGUGGUGGUCCUUCCACGACCGAAAUAACCUCUAUCUUGUCAUGGACUUCCACCCGGGCGGAGAUCUUGCCACACAGCUCUCGCGGUGGGGACGUCUUGGCCGUGAUCGCGCUCGAUUCUACGCAGCCGAGAUCGUCGAAGGCGUCGAAGGCCUUCACAAGGCUGGUGUCAUCUAUCGUGAUCUCAAGCCUGAGAACGUGCUCAUCGGCGCCGACGGCCACAUCGUUCUCUCCGACUUUGGUCUCUCCAAGGAGUUUAGCAGUCGCAGCAGAUCCGUCGGUAGCAUCACCCCUCCACCCACUUCGCCUGGCCGCUCGCAUUCCAGCACAAGUGUCAACAAGCAAAGAUCGACGCACUGGAUGUCGGCUUCCGACGAUGCUGCUGAUGGAUCGUCUAGGUCAUCUUCCAGCCGAUGGCUUGACGAGCGGGAAACCACCACCACAUUCUGCGGCACUGCCGAGUAUCUGGCACCCGAGGUUCUCCAGGGUCAAGCCUACUCGUACGAGGUCGACUGGUGGAGCUUCGGUACUAUGCUCUACGAAAUGCUCACUGGCAUCACACCCUUCUGGGCCGACACGCAUGCCGACAUGUAUGCCAAGGUGCUUCGCGACCCCUUGGUCUUCCCCGAAGAUCGAGUCCUGGACCAGGACACCAAGAGUAUCCUCCGCGGUCUGCUGCAGAGGAACCCGCAGCUGCGAAUGAAGGAGCCGCGAAUCAAGAAGCACCCUUACUUUUCCAUGAUCGAGUGGGACCACAUCUUCCAUAAGCGCUACAUUCCGCCCUACAUCCCUCCCAUCGAUCCCGAUAACGAGAUCGACACACAGAACUUUGACGAGACCUUCUUGGAGAUGCAGCCUACCGUCGCUCACGAACAAGAUGUGAGCGUCGACAUGACCUCUGCCGCUGGCGAGGACGUCGUCGGUGGUACUGGGUUUACCCAUACUGCCGAUGAUCCCUUGAAACGCACUGCAGGUGCGGCUGCAGCAGCCACGCCGGACCAGAGCAUGGACGAUCGAGAAGCGUCGCAGCACAACAAUCUCUUUGACGGAUACUCCUUCAGGGGCCGAAAAGAUUCUGGCUCGAUCAUCUCGAACCUGUCGUCUGAUCAGCUAGAGGAAGAUGUGGGCAAUGCUGCUCUCUCGGCCUCGCCCGUAAAGAAAGUUGCUGCCAAUGGCGUCAAGCACCAACCAAAGCAGCUUUCCCCAGCGCCUACUGUCGCAAAGGUGUCGACCGCUCCUGUAGCUGCACAGGCCACCGAGUUGCAGUCACAGUCGCAAAGCGCGUCGACUCAGCAUCCUGUCGUCGAUGCCUCGAUCAUCGAGGAAGAGGAGGAGGACGACGACGAAACAGCAGCCCGCAACGCAGCUGCAGUGCUCGCCCAGCUUGAACAAGAAGCAAACAUGGAAGCAUCCUCGGUAGCAGGCACGUCGGCUACGGACGGCUUGAUCGGCGAUGGCAUGCAGCCCCAUAGUCGAGACUGCACGACCACAAACUCAGACUCGCAGAGUGACCGUUCCGUCAGUCAGAUUCAGAGCUCCCCUGCCAGCUCAUACGCGAGUCGGUCGGCAGCGCCCCGCAAGACAGUUCCCUCUGCCGUCGGGCGUCCGAGUCAUGGUGCUAUCCACGAAGACGACGGCGAGGACGAUGACUGGGACAUGGUCGAGCUGUCCGGUCCCGAUGGUGCGCUAAAGUCUGAGCUCAACGGCGGACGCGGUACCAACCUUUUUGCCCGCGGCGUUGUCGAUACGUACCGCCUGCUUCGGCGCCAAGAAUCUUCGCGCAUCCCAGCUUCGUCAAGUCACUCAUCCACCUCGAGCCGCCCCUUCAACCGUCUCGGCAAGCGACGCAAUGGCCAGGGCUUGGCCUCGAUGCGAUCCAAGGCCUCAAUGGGCGAGCUUCCGACGGCGAACAGCCUCAACACGGUUACGCCAACGGAUGCGAUCCCUCUGAAUGGCGAUGCGGAGAAGGAAGCUGCGGUCGAACAGGCGGCGGCCAAGCUGUCAGCCACCGGCGGCCGUGCAUCGGUUUUAUCGGCAUCUUCCCACACCGAGCUGAACCGUCGAUCUGCAGCCUCACCAAGCCUCUCGGGCAGCGAGGAGAACAAGCACCAGGCUCGGCUCAAGAAGAUCAAGCGCUUCACGACGUUUUUCGAGAAUUCCUCGCAUCGUUGA